AUGGGCCUAGUGGGGCUGGGUGGAGAAGAGGCUGCGGAGAGGUCUGGUGGCUCGAGUCUCGUGUCGUCUGGCGAUCAGUCUGGCACGUGUUGCCCCGACCAAAACGGCCAGAGAGGCAGGCCUUGCAGUCGACUGAGCAUUCUCUCCUUACAAUCCCCAUUCUUGCCCGCGAUAACCCAUGGACGGUGGGUUUUGCCCCCCCCCCCUCCCGGCCCCAGAGAUGCCCUCCGGCCAGUCGGGAUUCAGCAAGCCUUGUUUGAAAGGGAUGCCUCCUGGCUACCGUAA